AUGAACCAGGCGAACCACGUGAAUCUGGGAGAUUAUGGAAAGGCCAAGGUGUACCUGUGGAAGACGGACCGAACGAGCGAGGAGUUGUUCCAAGAAAUCUCCAGCAAAGUGAGGAACCUAUAUGGACACAUAAAUUACGACGACCUGUUUCAUCACCUGCAUGGGUACAUUAACCACAUCAACGAGAGCGACAAUGAGUUGUUCUUGCGCACAGAGCUUCCCCUACGUGAGUCAUCAAACAAUAAGGACGGAGACAUAGAUCACGAGGAUGAAUCAUUUUUCGAUAUUUUCAAAAAUGCCAGUUAUGUUCGCAGAAAUGGGAGUCUCUCCAUCAGUUAUAUCGACUUGGUUGAUAAGGCCAUGCGUGUGGACAGAGUUAACUUUUUCUCCAACGUAUUUAUAUCGAUUGGUGUCCACGAGCUACGCGAUGGGGGAGUAGCAUCAUCGGGGGGAGUAGCACCAUCGGGGGGAGUAGCACCAUCGGGGGGGGUACCAACUUCUCCCUCAUGCAGUGCUACUCCGUCCACAUCUUCUCCUGAUGACAGGGCGGAACUGCACCGCAUGAGGGAGAAGUUGGUGCACCUCAUUAACACCUACAAUAAUAUUUUUUUUCGAAAUAGCUGCGUCUUCGUACAACGGGUUCUAGUCAUCCCCACUUCUGACAAGUACGACGAAUAUAUUAUGUCUGAGAUUAUGAAAAUAAAUGAGAGUUUCCUUUACGGGAAUGGACCUGGAGGAGGCAAUGUUGGAGGCGAUGUAUGUAUUGGUGGUAGCGAUGUAUGUCUUGGUGGUGGAGAUGGGUACGGCAAAAUUCCCCCACAGGUAGCCUCCUCAAAAGGCGUAGUUACAGAUCUGCAAGAAGAAGAAAAAAAAAAAAAAAAACCAUACGAUUACAUGAAGCAGGGGAAUUUUUCUCGAUUGAAAAAUUCACCAUACUAUUUAGAUGAUAAACAGAGGAACCUCACAGGUGGGAAGUUCGUUGGACGCGCAGUAACAUCAGAGAAUGUAGUUCCACAUAUUCGUAUGCGACAGAAGGGAGAGGAAGACAAUGUAGCUCUUUGCAGUCGUAAGGGAAUAGCUUCACACAACGGGGUUUCACCGAUAGGCACCACGUCAGGAGUGACAUCUGCUGAGGCUUUGGUAGUUCCUGCCUCGGGCGGUUUAUCCGGCGUAGUGUCCUGCACAGAGGAAGGGGCGGGUGGGGUGCGUAGUAGCAGUGGGAAAAGCUACAAAGGAAAGAAAAAGUAUUCCACCAAUUUUUUAAGCAUUUUCCAAAAAGCGUCUGCGAAGGAGUACAAGUCGGUGAAUGUUCAUUCAUCGAGUGAAGAGGAUGUGUCCUCGGAUGAGGGAGUUUUCGAUAGUUGGAUCUGGGGUAGUGGUACGGGAGGUGGUGAAAACCGCGGGGGAGGAAAUAAAAAUACACAUGUCAGCCCUACGGAAGGUGCACCUAACUCACAUGUAGGUGAGAAUGACGAAGAUAAGAUGACUGUCCAUGGAGAGAAGACAACUCUACAAAGAACGAAAACAAUGAUACAUGGAGGGAAGGCUACAACACAGGAACCCAUUUCUUUCAUUUGCAAGAAUUAUCGGAACUUUCGUAUAAUUGUCUUCCUACCUUCAGUGAAAAAACACUUUAAUAUCCAAUACAACAAAUUUUUUCAGGCAGUUCUCUUGAACGCCUUUUAUAUUUUUGCACUUUCUUUACAUAGCAUGAUGACUAAAGAGAGUGUAAGGAAGUACAUGGAGGAUAUUAUGGAAAAUGCUGAUUGUGAAUCCAUUCGGACAACCAAGGUGGGUAGUGAAAGCGUGCUGGAUCGACGGAGACGCAGGUAUCUGGAGGAGGGGUUCCCAGAUACCUGCAGAACGUUUGGGAAGGCUCAGAAGGGGGAGAAAUGGGAGGGUCAAGGAGAGAGAGGUAUGACUGCCGCGGAUGGAACCGAUGUUCCUGGUGCCUUGCGCCUGAAGAAGAGCCUAAGUAACAGAGAUCUCGUCGGCAAGGCCAAUAUGAUCAGGCGCAAAAACAGUUGUGAUAAUAAUAUCUACGUAAAUAUAAAGAGAUAUUACAACGAUGUUAAAUGGAGCAUCCUGAGUAAGACUAGUCAGAUGACGACGAAGGGGGGAGGCGAAGGGUUCGUGUAUGAGAGAGCCCCCCGAUUGUCCAAGUGUAGUGCGUACGAGGAAGGCAGACUCCAGGGGCAGAACUCACACGGUGUGGACGCAGGGGGUGUGGACGCAGGGGGUGUGGAUGCAGGGGGUGUGGAUGCAGGUGGUGUGGAUGCAGGUGGUGUGGAUGCAGGUGGUGUGGAUGCAGGUGGUGUGGAUGCAGGUGGUGUGGACGCAGGCGGUGUGGAUGCAGGUGGUGUUGAAUCUCGCUUGGAUGGAGUGGCGACAGAGUUGGUUGAUCAUCUAGCUGUGGAAGAAGAGACAGAUGUGAAUCACGGAGAGGGACGGGAUGCGGAUCCCAUCGGAGAGGAAGUGGUAUCUUUGCAAAGCGUUCAAGGGAGUGGAGGAGAUUCGCCCAUUCGUCGUUCCGAUGGGGGUGGUCAAGAAGAGGAAUACGCAGAGAAGUAUCACGAUGUUGAGAAGUAUCACGAUGAUGAGAAUGAUGACGAUGAAAUGGAAGGAGGAAAUGACGACGAAGAAGAUGAUGAUGAAGACGAAUACAAUGAUGAGGAAAGCGACCAAUGCAAUGACUACUGUAGUGAUGAGGCGAAAGAAGGAAGGGAAGAGGACCGCAUAUUCCCGGGUAGGGGACAAGACCCCCCACGAGGAGCAUCCAGGAAGAGGUCCAAAGGGAGCGACAAAGCAGAGGUAGAAAAAAACAAACAAUAUGAGAUGAAAAAAAAAGAAGGAGAUGUGUUUCUACUUCUGGGAAGCCCACUAGAUUCCAUGGAAACAUACCUCGAGUGUUACGAAAUGAUAAAAGAGAUGGGUGAUAAGGAUCACAUGUCUGAUGGAAAUAUUACCUUCUGUAUUGUCUUAAGCAUGUACCUUUAUGUUACACAAAAUUGGGGGCACUUCUGUAGAUUAAACAAUAAUGAAAAGUAUAUCUUCCGUUUUGCAGAGGUCGUUGAGAAUAUGAUCCUUCAGACAUAUGAAAAGUUAUUUCCAAAUAAAUACACGAACUAUGCGAAUUUUUUUUUCGAUGCUUCUUCGUACAGUGGGUCCAUGAAGGAAAGAUCCUACCAUCCUUAUCAAAGCUCUUCUCAUUUUUCUCUGUACAGUUUGGAGCAGACAAGUGACUCUCCAUCGUCGGGGGUGGUUAAAAAUAUAAACUCCUUCAUUAACGUUCUGAAUGAUUACGACAGGGGGGAAGAUGAGGGGGAAGAGUAUUAUUCCGGGGAUGAGUCCAGUGAGAAAGAAUUCUUCUUUUUCAAUGUAAGUAUCAAAGGACACAACACGUUGAUUUAUUUGAUUGGGUUUAUGGAGCACAAGUUAGGUGAAGCUUUAUCUGACAUGCGAAAUGCUUUUGUAGUUUCCCCUGGUGAGGAGUCCGAUUGCACUACCUCUUUACUACCUGCACAGGAACUCUUCGCAGAUUGCCUUCUAUGCUACCUCAAGUACCUUCUAGCCGUUAAAAAGAAGAGGCAUAUUUUUACAACCAUGAGAAAGUACUCUUGCUUCACUGAGCGCUUCAGUCACCAUCUCUAUGUUCGAUUUUAUAUUGAGCUUGCCAACAUUUAUCAACACAUCGGAGCCAACCGCAAGUUUGCCUUCACCAUUUAUCUCCUGUGCACUCGCUUCUUUGAACAAAGGAAGUUCUACCUGACGUAUGUCUUUUUGAAUAGUCUCCUUCCAUUUUAUGGUCUCCCCUGUGUGCAGGUGGAUUUUGACUGGGGCGGAACGGAGGGGGCAGUAUCAGGGAUGGGGGUAAUAACGGGAUCAAUCGGAUCAACGGGAUCAAUUGGAUCAUCGGGUAAAGAGGGACGGAGUGAACACCCCAACGAGUUGCUAAAUAGAGCCUUCGCAAGAAGAAGAUGCAAUGUGAAUUUCCCAAUGCGGUGGUUGAAGAAAGCGAAUGAGGUACGCCUUUGGGAGGCUCCCACGGGGGAGGGUAACGGUCAUCUAAGGGGAGUGCCAAGUGUACCUCGGGAAGAGAAUCAUCAGAAGAAGCCGAACGAAGGAAACCACACAGUGUUACCACCAGGAGGAGACACAGCAGAGGUACAUGGAGGAGUUCAUAACGAAGAGAACAAUAAGGGGGGGGUUGUCUUAUCGGCCCAGAACGAUCAACACAGACAUAUUCUCUUUAGAAGUGUGUUGGAUGCGUUCAGCAGUUACAAUCUUAAACGUUUGUUAUCGUUCUGCUCGAGGGAAAUUAGCAUACGUAGUUUCUUCUGCCUGAACAAACAUGGAGAGAAGGUACAAAUGUAUAAAAAGAAUAGAAAAAAACAAAACGGAAAAUUGCAACAUGGGAUACUGGCAUUACUUAGUGAAGUUCUUUCACGACUUAACUUACUAAAUGAAUCCAUCGUUUGUAAUUUUCUGCUACUUUUUUUUUUGGCAAAAGUAUUAAGGAAAGAUGUACAGAGGUUAAUUCUGUGUAACAUAUAUGAAACCCUUAGGAAGAGUGAUAGACACAUUUUCUCCCCCCCUUUUGUUACUCUGGUAAUGGAUAAGAGGGAGAAGAGGAGGAGUAGAUCAUACUUGAAGAGGCUGAGUCGAGGGGGGGAUGUAUGCUUUGGCGGGGGAGUGAAGGCGCACCAAGGGGGGUGUACUUGUGGCAAUCUUUCGUGGGACAGUUCCUCUUCCGGGAGCUCUUCACCUGAGGAAGACUCAUCCGACAGCGACGUCGAGGAGAGGAGCUACGAGGGUGGAGAUGGAAUUUUUGGAGGUGUAGGAGAGGGCCACGACACGGCGAGGGAGACCCACAGAUCGGGGUUACCGAAAAAGGCGGCGAAAGAGGAUAAGGGUAAAAAGAAAAAUAGCAUGAGAGGGAAAAAUAAACCAGGACGGAGAAAGCCGAUUCACUUCUUGUGUGGAAUGACAGAAGGGAGAUGCGCACCCUCCCCAGUGUUACUGAACAUUGAAUACAUUAAUGAGGCAAGAAAGAGUGAAAAGUUUUAUAAGAAAGUGAGUUUUGCUGAGUCAGAAAAUAAAGGAAAGGAAGAACAUGGUGAUGAAGAAAGAGAUGUUUUCAAAUACAAUCCCUUUAACGAAGUGGAGAGGAACACUAAGAUACAUAACAUUUGUGAGCUCAACAGUAUUAACCAGGUGGAGGUAACUCUAAAAAAUACACUAUCGACAAAUUUAGUUCUAAACAGUGUAAGACUCAUCACCUCUGGAGUUCCUGUAGAAACGUACGCAUCCAAUGUUGUGUUUCUAAUAUCUAGAAAGAAGAACCACACAACAAAGGUUCGCCUCUCUUUCAGGGCAAAAGAAACGGGCCUCGUAUUUCUCCUUGGAGUGUCUUACUGUAUCAGCUACCUCCACUUUGAUCAGUACCUUUUGUACGACACGUCCAUUCUGAGGAAGUGCUUCAUGGGUGAAUCUCUCAUUUCUCCACUUCCACAGGGAGAAAAUCAGUCCAGUAGUAAAAAUUGUUCUCAGAAAAAUUAUGAACAUGUUCAGGUGAAAAUGGCCGAAAAGGGUGAAAAUGAAAACAGUAAAGAAUCCUGUACCAUUGGAGGGAUAGGAAAUUAUGGGAAGAAUACCAAGGUGGAGGAAGAAUCCAUUCGUUCCCAUCACAAUAUUUGUAGUAGGAGAACAGACAGAGGUGCACUGCUAAGCUACGCACUGAAAAUGUCCAACACAUGCUCCGUUUUUGUUAUUCGGAAUUAUUUUUGCGUCAAGUCCGAAAUCAAGCUUUUUAACUUUAGUAGGUACGUGAAUGUCCAGUCAAUGUUGCAUGAUGAGUCGCACCUGGAGAUGUUCUGCACUCCUUCCUCGGUGCAAUUGCAGGGUACGCAGCGAGAGGGAUCCUGGUGGGAAGCAGCAGGGGAGGUUUCUAGCGAAGUAAUUAAUGGAGAGGAAAAAAGGGAAAUCCUGAAACGAAGCUCCUCUCAAAGUGGCUACACAUCCAAACGGGAGAAGAACGAUCUCACCUCGAAGGACAAUACCAAGUUGGCGAGUAAACUGAACGGAGCCAUAGGAGGGGCAACACAUACUAGUGAUAUUCUGUCCAUUGGAGGAGCAACUCCUAAGUUAUCCUCCUUGUCUGUGUCCUCUUCGUCUGCAUCCUCAUCGUCUGCCUCUUCAUCGUCUGCCUCCUCAUCGUCUGUGUCGUCCCCGGAGUCGAGUCGAGAAGAACGCCACUCAUUUGCACGGUUAGGACUCUGUUCAUCGAGCAAGUCGUCUGACAUGGCCUCCUGCACGGAGAAGACAUACCCCUCAAGCGAUGAGGAGAAGACCAACCAUGGAAACAGUAACCACGUGGACGAAACGUAUGACAAUCAGUACUUCUCUAUUGACGCAAGACACACAGAGUUGCUUGAAGGAGAAACAAAAUUCUUGUGUCUUAUUCUGGAGAACAGGAGUUCUGACGUGGACAUAAACUACCUGAACGUGCAGGUAAAAUAUAAGCAUAAAAUAUUGGGAGAUUUUUUUUUAAAGUUUUUUUUUAAUAAGGCAUUUCAAAUGAAGCGUAACUGUGGAAAUGAGGAAAAGGAAAAUGUCAUUCAUAUCGGAGAAAGAGGACCAUUAACAGUUCUAAGGGAUCACUGCUUGUAUAUCCCCAUUAGGUGUAUAGGCUCAAUUUUAAUUAACGAGUGUGACGUACGUGUGGUCUAUUCGAGCGAAAAAAGCAAUCCCUACUAUGGAGUGCAGAAAAUUAAGCUCCGUAUUAAUGUCAUUAGAAACGUAUCCGUUGAUCAACUGUUCUGCUUUCCCUAUGUCAGUUUUAAUGUCGUAGAUGUGUUAGAGGAAAUGGUAAACUCAGAUUUAUACAGCGCGAGUGUUAUUAAUGCUUUGAGUCGAGUUAUGAUGACUAGGGGGAGAGAUGAUGUAGACGAUGGGGUGGACGGGAGUACGACCAUCCAUGUGGGUAACCUCAGGGGGAGGAAGCUGAAGUGUACAGAAAUCAGCAUGGAGAACUACUUCGAGGGCGGUACAGAGAGGGGUGUAGAUGGGAAUAUAGGGGGAAUAUCGCUGGAGAAGACACCCCAGCUUGGUGGGGUACCUCCACUUCGUAAACGAUUCGCUCCGAGGAAGGACCUCACCAUUUGCACGGAUAACAAGUACAUGUUCAUAGAAUUGUUCAUCAGAAAUUUCAGCGGGUACGUGAACUAUUGCUCGGCGAAGAAUGUGGGUAGGAGGCGGCCCACGUGCGUGGUCGAUACAGAUGACAAACCGAGUAAAUGGGUUCUGUGGGUUCAGAGAAUCAAGCGAAAGAAGAACCUCUCAUUCGCUAGCCCAGAAGAUGCAGUCAAAUAUUUUUUAUUGUACAUAGAUAUCCACGUGUACCUCUCCUUCGACCGACACAAGAAGUCCGGACUUCUCAGUCUCUACAGCUCCUACCUUAACAAUGUCUACAUUUAUGGGAAUAAAAUAGGAUACUUCUUUCUAAAUUUAGAGAGAGAGGAAUUAACUUCACGGGAGGGACGCACACAUGAACACAGCGCGUUUUCUGUGACGAAUGGGUCCAUCGGCCAGGUGAAGCGGCAUGGGAAAACGGUGCCCAAGCGGGAAACCCUGUUUUGCGCAUACGCGGAAAUGGAGGAAUUAAGAGAGGCGGAAAAGAUGGAUCAGACAGAAGAUGUGCGGGGAGAGUAUAAAGUGCCAGAGACUCCCCGUGUGAAGAACCCCCUCUUUGAAACGAACUUCACAAACGAUAUAUUCUACCCACAAGUAGUGUUGACUCCCAAGUUCUACAAUUGCAAAAAAAAAAGUAGCGUGAUCAUCCCUAAAUGUUCCAAAGCGUUGAACUUCAAACAUAUAAGCGAAAUCGGAAUUAGGAAAAAUUAUUUUGAGUCGUCCGUUGGAGAGUUUUUCGUGAUAAAAAUAUUUUUGAAGAACUUAUGUACCCUGAAUCUUGGCAGCUACACCCUGCUUCUUUAUCCCUCCAACUUUAGCUGUAUAAAGCUUAUUGGGAGUUUGAGUAGCAGUGGGUCUCUUGGCCAAGCGUGGGAAGCAGACAACGGUAUGCCCAAAGGAAGAAAGAAGCCAAAACGAAUGAAAAAAAAAACACACCUUCUGCACUCCCUCAACGUGUACUCCCUAUUUCCGGGAAAAGUUUUAUUUUACGUCGCUGUGUACUUCCAUGCAUACCACGCUUUGCUUUUCCACCACGAGCCGAUUCUCGUGACGAUCGUUUAG